AUGUCCGCAACCACAAAACCCAUCGAUAUUUCAAAGCUUGAUCUCAAUGAAAAGAAAUCCAAGAAACCUAGUUCUCCUAACCCUAAUCCAAAUCCCCAUCAACCAACGACAGCCUCUAACCUUGGAAUUGAUGUCAAGAAGGCUGAUGACUUUUCUGCAUGGUAUACUCAGGUAAGUCCUAUUAAAAGCCGAAAUGAUGGACUACUACGAUAUUUCUGGCUGCUAUAUCCUCAGACCGUGGAGCUUCUGCAUUUGGAAGCGCAUUCAAGGUUCAAGCUAUCAAUUGCCCAAAGUUUAGAUUUCUUUGGAAAGGAAAUUGAAAAAAUUGGCGUUCAAGAUGCAUAUUUUCCAAUGCUAGUCACCCAAGGCGCGCUGGAAAAGGAAAAGGAUCAUGUUGAAGGGUUCUCGCCUGAAGUUGCCUGGGUCACACGAUCCGGGCAAUCGGAGCUGCAGGAGCCGAUUGCCAUCCGCCCAACGUCGGAGACAAUCAUGUACCCAACCUUUGCCAAGUGGGUCAAGUCCCAUCGCGAACUUCCAUUGAAAAUCAAUCAAUGGUGCAACGUGAUUCGGUGGGAAUUUAAGCAUCCCCAGCCUUUUCUUCGCACAAGAGAGUUCCUGUGGCAAGAGGGACACACGGUGUUCUAUACAAAAAAGGAAGCAGAUCAUGAAGUUCUCCAAAUCCUUGAGCUGUAUCGACGUGUGUAUGAGGAUGUCCUUGCUGUCCCCGUCAUAAAAGGGCGUAAAAGUGAAAGUGAAAAGUUCCCCGGCGGCCUUUACACCACAACUGUUGAAGCUUUUAUUCCAGAAUCUGGAAGGGGCAUCCAGGGCGCCACCUCUCAUUGCCUUGGACAAAAUUUUGCAAAGAUGUUUAAGAUCGAAGUCGAAGGCGAACGGGGCGAAAAAUCUCUUGUCUGGCAAAACUCAUGGGGCAUCACCACUCGCUCCAUUGGUGUUAUGGUGAUGACACAUGGUGACGAUAAGGGUCUCGUGUUGCCUCCAAAGGUUGCUGCUGUCCAAGUUGUCAUCGUUCCAUGUGGAAUCACUUCGAAGCUAGAGCCUUCAAUUGUGGCUGCCAUUGAGGAAAAGAUUUCCCAAAUAUCAACCACCCUUCAGGCUAUCGGCAUUCGUGUAAACACCGAUCUAAGGGAUAACUAUACGCCUGGAUGGAAGUUUAAUCACUGGGAAGUCAAGGGAGUUCCGAUUAGAUUUGAACUUGGACCCAAAGACUUGCAAAAGAAUGAGGUCCGUGUAGUGACCAGACACGACGACCAAAAAAAGCAAUACAGCAUUGCAACGUUGUCCGAGUCGAUCCCUGUGCUUUUGGAAAAAAUUCACGACGACAUGCUUGCCGCCGCACGUGCUCGACAUGAAGAGCAUUUGGAGGUAAUUGACCAGAGUUGGGAUCUGGUAUUACCUGCUUUGGAUGCCAAAAAAUUUGUCAUGAUUCCAUGGUGCGAGCGUCCCGCCUGCGAAAAAGACAUCAAGGAGCGGACCUGUCGUGCAGGCACGGAUGAAAAGGCCCCUGCAAUGGGUGCUAAAAGCCUUUGUAUUCCAUUUGAGCAGCCGAGCAUGGCUCCAGGCGCUAAGUGCGUUGCUUGUGGCCAUCCUGCCGUUUCCUAUACACUUUUUGGACGUUCCUAUUAA